CGUGUUGUAGUGUCAUUGCUAACAGGCUAAGUUCUGCUGCUCGCAUCUCUCGUAAUAAACAUUUUAUCCGCGUUUCCUUGCCUUUUAACGAUUUCAAACUGCACGGACAAUGGCUGAUCCAAGAAUACGACAAAUAAAAAUCAAGACGGGUGUGGUGAAACGUUUGGCCAAAGAGGAGGUGUUGUACAUAAAAGAGGCAAAGCAGCAGGAAGAGAAGAUUGAGCGUCUCAAGGCAGAGGCAGGAGACGAGUAUUUAAUCAAGAAACAGAUGGAGGUGCUGCAGGAGUCCAGAAUGAUGAUUCCCGACUGUCAUCGUCGUUUAGCAAUGGCUCACGCUGACCUGCAGCAACUAUUGGAGACAGAAGAAGAGCUGGCUGAAGCAGAAGAAUACAAGGAGGCCAGGACUGUUUUAGAUUCAGUCAAGCUGGAAGGAUGAUGGACACGAUCACACAAACACCCACUGAUGCUCACAAACACACUGACAUCCCCGAGUGUCCAUUGCAUUCCUUCUGACUUGCUUAGCAUUUCAGCUGCAAGGCUGUGUUUACCGAUUCCUUAUGUUCGCAUUUCAUAGGUUUUUGUAUUGACUCAUGAUUUAAUAACACUGUCUUCUCCAAAGCCUUCUGUGAUCAAAUCUACACAAACAUGAAAUAAAGUUUCUUUUUGCUAGAUCAAA